CGCCGUCCCGGACGCACGUGUCUUGUUGUUCUCAGUCCGUAGCUGUCGCGUGUCCUAUCAGAGACCAGUGGCAUGGUAAUUGUGAUAAAAUAAUAAAAGGAUAAUAAAUAAGCGGACCCCGGGCGCUCGACCGCCCAUUACAGCUACGAAUAGGGUGAUGGUGGCGUGAUGAGGCUGCUGCUAGUUACACUAGCGCUGCUCCUCGGCGUCGCGGCGGACCCGCGACUCCCGCAGAGCACGCCAAGACCGCGACACUGGUCGCGAGGCGCACGUACGCUAGCUGAUCGCGUACCUACACAAUUUGUCGGCCCCCACGUGUGUCGGAGUCGAAACAGCACGCAUUGCUGUCCCGGAUGGACGUCCAGGCCUAAUUCGUUGCUAUGUGUCGUCCCUAUUUGCCGGCCCGACUGUGGGUCGCCAGGUUCAUGCGUUGCGCCAAACAUGUGCCGAUGUCCAGGCGGCGUGGAGGCGCCGUCGUGCGGCGGUGGCGGUUUUUAUCCUUACCCUGCACGUACUCGUGGUGGGUGCAGACGGAUCUGUAUGAACGGCGGUACUUGCACUAAUGGCACUUGCGCAUGCGCGCCGGGUUGGAGCGGAGAAUUUUGUACAGAACCAAUUUGUAAGGAGCCUUGCUUACAUGGUGGGAGAUGUAUUGCUCCGGAUAGAUGUGUGUGUUUCCAUGGUUUAUCCGGUACGCGAUGUGAAAUCGAUCGUAGAACGGGGCCCUGUUACACUGACACAAGAGGUGCACUAUGUACUGGGGCGCUAGAAGGCGUAGUCUGCACGAAACAAUUAUGUUGUGCCACGGUCGGUGUUGCUUGGGGACAUCCUUGCGAGCGUUGUGGUGACCUAGACUGUCCAACAGGGCAUUUGAGGAAUUUAGCUACUAAGGAGUGUCAGGAUAUAGAUGAAUGUGCAGCUGUGCCAGGUUUAUGUGAAGGAGGCCGAUGUAUUAAUUCGAUCGGUUCAUUCUCUUGCGAGUGUCCCCCGGGUCAGAGAAGGCAUAGAGUCACGAACAACUGCGAAGACAUCGAUGAAUGUGAAGAUCCUGACAUCUGUCCGAAUGGAAAAUGUGUGAAUACUGAAGGCGAUUAUUAUUGUCUUUGUAACCCUCACUUCAUACCCAGUCCUGAUAAGAAGUUUUGUAUUGACGGUCGAGUUGGCAGCUGUUUCACGUACUUAGGCGAAACGGGCGAGUGUGCAGACCGACUUCCGAUGCCCCUUUCAAAUAGAGAUUGUUGUUGUGGAUAUAACAUGGGCCGAGCUUGGGGUGAUCUCUGCACUCCUUGUCCACCGAGAGGAUCUACUGAAUGGACACAUCUCUGUGGUGGUGGUAUGAUUCCACCAGACUGGCGACGCAACGACACCAGUGGGAUAAUCUCAGGUGGAGGAAUUGAUACCGCACAGCCGAUUGCAAAGAUUAACGAAUGUAUGCUGCGAAACGGCAUUUGUGGUUUAGGAACGUGCAUAGAUAAAGAUAUUGGGUACCAAUGUCAAUGUUGGGACGGCGCUGAGUCGGCGGAACAAGAUGGUAACCCGACAUGUAUUGAUAUUGACGAGUGUGCGCUCGAGUACUGUAAGGGUGGGACAUGUGUCAAUAAGCCUGGUGGAUUUGAAUGCAGAUGUCCUCCUGGAUUCGACCCUGUAGAGAACGGGCUUAGAUGCAGUGACAAAAACGAAUGUGAAAUGACGAAUGGAGGCAUGUGUACGAAUGGAGUUUGCACCAAUAUCGGUGGAGGCUUUGAGUGCACAUGCAACCCGGGAUACGAAUCAACGGAGACUGGUCACGCGUGUCGUGAUGUAGACGAGUGUGCGGACAACCCGCGUGUUUGUCGUCGCGGGCGAUGCCGCAACACGCCCGGCGGGUACGAGUGCGUAUGCGAGCCGGGCUUCGCGCGCUCCGCUGCGGGCUACUGCGCGGACGUGGACGAGUGCAUCGAUAAGAGUUUGUGCCAGGGCGGACGAUGUGUUAACGGCGAAGGCUCCUUUCAAUGUGUUUGCGAAGCGGGUUACCGGCCCACUCCAGAUCGCAGCGCGUGUGUCGAUGUAGACGAGUGUUCCGAACUGAAGGUUUGCCGAAACGGUCGAUGUCACAAUACGCCGGGCUCAUUCCGUUGCGAGUGUCUCCCAGGAUUUACUCUCAGCAAUGAUGGAAGAACGUGUCUUGAUGAAGUUCAAGAUUUAUGUUAUGAAAAAUAUGAAGAAGGUCAUUGCACAGGACCUGGCACAACGCCUGUUACCAGAUCUCAGUGCUGCUGUAGUUCUAGUAAAGGAUUACAUCUGGGCUGGGGCGUUUCUUGUAAGUCAUGUCCAGUACAGGGUAGUAAGGAUUACGAGAUUCUCUGCCCUGAGGGUGCGAGUAAAGAUAACGGAGGUGCAGACAUCAAUGAGUGCACAAUGAUUCCUGGCAUCUGUCCUCACGGCACGUGUGAAAAUCUCGAACCUGGUUACAAAUGUAUUUGCGACCCUGGAUACCAUCCCGAUGCUGAUGGUAUUUGCAGGGAUAUCGAUGAGUGUGAUAUGCAUCAGUCGUAUUGUACUGGUGGACAGUGCCGGAACUCAAUGGGCAGCUUCACAUGCGUAUGCCCACCUGGCACUAGAUACGAGCCCGACGAACAAAUAUGCAGAGACAUAGACGAAUGCGAGGGUGAGGUUAUUUUCAUCGUCAAGGAUUAUGACAGGGGGGACAUACCUCCCAUGUUCCCAGUCGCAACAGAACAAUCCAAUCCCUGUGACAACGGACGGUGCAUCAACACUCAUGGAAGUUACGAGUGCGAGUGCGAGCACGGAUUCGUUUUAGAUGCAACUGCUCAGCACUGUCUCGAUAAUCGUCGCGGAUCAUGCUGGCGUAGAGUUGUCGACGGGCAAUGCGAGGCGGCUGCUCCUAAUACACUGUUAAGACAGGAGUGCUGCUGCAGUGUGGGCUUAGCCUGGGGAUCUCCUUGCGAGCCUUGUGAGCCUGAUGAUUGUCCUUGUCCUAAAGGAUUUGCCAAGUUGGAUGGUGCAACAUGCCGCGAUGUGGAUGAGUGUAUGUUGGAUCCUGAUCUCUGCAUUGGUGGAGAGUGUGUAAAUACUGAUGGUUCAUACCGCUGUGACUGUCCCUCUGGAUUGACACUUGAUGCUUCAGGUAACCGUUGUGUGGACACUCGCCGCGAGUAUUGCUACACUGACUACGUCGGUGGUCGCUGCUCUAAUCCACUACAAGUUGUUGUCUACCGUGCUAUUUGCUGUUGCUCAUCACUGGGCAAAGCCUGGGGCGACGGACGUUGUGAACCUUGCCCUAAAAAAGGCACUGAUGCUUAUCGCAACCUUUGUAUUUCUGACGUCAGUGGACCACCUACUAUCUGGGACCGACCUGUUCCUGGUGGUCCGAAUAGGACAGAUAUAUGGAGCCACACAGGUGACGGUGAUACUAUUGGCAGUGGUUGGGACGUUGACACUGGGGGUACAUGGGGAAAUGGAUCUUUGGAUAACUGGGGAACUGGUACUGGAACGGGAUUAAUUCCCGGUCAAAUGGAAGUAAAUGAGUGUGCUGCAUUUCCUGGCCUCUGUGGGCACGGCAGGUGUAGAAAUAUGCUCGGUACAUUUACUUGCGAUUGUUUUCCUGGUUACGAGAAGGAUUCAAAGAACCACACCUGCGUCGAUGUGAAUGAGUGUGAAAUUGUAGACGACGUAUGCGGUGCGGGUGAGUGUCGCAACACCGAGGGUAGCUUCACGUGUCAUUGCCGUCCAGGGUACACAACCGACGAGCUGUCUAAGGUUUGCGUUGAUAUCGACGAAUGUACAGAGAACCGUGCAUUGUGUCGCGGCGGUCGCUGUGUAAACACUCCCGGCUCAUUCCGCUGCGAGUGCGCGCCGGGUAUGGAGCUCGCACCUGAUCGCCUGUCUUGCAAGGAUGUUGACGAGUGCUCUAUAACAUCGGGAAUUUGCAGCAACGGUGCUUGUGAAAAUUUAAUGGGAACAUAUCAAUGUGUUUGUGAUGAGGGUUACGCACAAUCUACCGUCAAAUCCCAUUGCGAAGAUAUUGAUGAGUGUACUGAAGACCCCACUCGUUGCCAGCACGACUGCAUUAAUACACCUGGGUCCUACCAUUGUACUUGCAAGGAUGGUUGGCAUCUUCGAGCGGACGGCAGAACCUGUCGCGAUAUCGACGAGUGCAGUGGAGGAGCGCGUGUCUGUGGCGGAGGAAGUUGUCGCAAUACGCCCGGUUCUUAUAUCUGUACCUGCGGAGAAGGAUUAUUGCCAUCGCCGGAGGACACCAAGCCCACAUGCUUAGAUAUUGACGAGUGUACUGAUAUUCCCGAACUAUGCGGUGCAGGCGAGUGUCGUAAUACUAUCGGUAGUUUCGUUUGCCGCUGCCCGGACGGUUACAGUGUCAAGCCAGAACAAGGUCCUGCGUGUACAGAUGACGAUGAAUGCGAACUCGGUACCUGUGACUGUCACCCAUCAUCCGAUUGUAUCAACUUACCGGGUUCAUUUCAAUGCCGUUGUCGUGACGGCUGGAGAGGAGAUGGCACCGAGUGCGAGGACGUCGAUGAAUGUCUCACCAAUAAUGGUGGCUGUCAUCCGCGCGCUACUUGCAGGAAUACUGACGGAUCAUUCAUGUGUUUGUGUGACACAGGAUACAAGGGCGAUGGAUAUUCCUGCGUAGAUAUUGAUGAAUGUGCAAACGACCCGACGCUUUGUGAAAACGGGCAUUGCACGAAUAUUCCGGGUGGAUACGAAUGUGACUGUGACGUCGGAUUCACCAAAUCACCUGAUGGGAAAUCUUGCCUUGAUAUGGAUGAGUGCGCGACUUUUGACAACGUGUGUGUGUUCGGUCGCUGCGUAAAUACGUACGGCAUGUUCAAGUGCAUCUGUGACAAGGGUUACCAGUCAGACAGUAUUGAUGACUUGAUGCCUGGUUUUAACUGUACUGAUGUAGAUGAAUGUAAAUCGCCUCAAUCUUGUCAAUACGGCACGUGUAUAAAUACGCAAGGAUCCUACAUUUGUCGCUGUCCACCGAAUUACGAGCUGGUCUCCGACGGAACUGCUUGUUACGAUUCCAGAAAAGCUCGUUGUUACGGAAAAGUUGAUUUGCGCUCUGGAACUGAACAGUGUCGCGACAGUGAUGAACUGUCUGAAGAUGGCACCAUGGCAGCAUGUUGCUGUUCUGUCGGUGCCGCUUGGGGUAACUAUUGUGACCUCUGCCCAGAACCGGGCUCGGAAGCUUAUAGACAACUAUGUCCAGGUGGACCCGGUUAUCAACCAGUUUUAGAGCCGCCUUCAUAUGUAGUGACGUUGGCCGAUAUCGACGAGUGCCUCCAGCACCCGGCAUUGUGUGAGCACGGCACGUGCACCAAUACGUUCGGUUCAUUCGUAUGCACGUGCGGUGAGGGUUGGCAGCUUACGGAAGAUGAACAGCGCUGCGAGGAUGUGGACGAGUGCGCGCGACCUGACGUGUGCGGGCCCGGUGUGUGCCGCAACAUGCCCGGCUCCUAUGUAUGCCUCUGUCCGGAGGGAUAUGUAGCCAUGCCCAAUGGAAAGGAAUGUGUCGAUGUUCGUCAACGACAAUGCUACAUGGACUGGGAUCCGGAUACGGGUCAUUGUUCUGCUGCCGUCGGAGUUCCCCAGACUAAAUAUCUGUGUUGUUGUUCCGUUGGUAAAGCUUGGGGAGCCCCUUGCGAGUCUUGUCCGGAUAAGGGAUCUCAGGAACAUAUGGCCUUAUGUGGCGAAAAACCAGGAGAAUAUAUUAAUCCUAUGACAAACGAAACGAAGCCGAUUAAUGAGUGCGAUAUAAUGCCACAACUUUGCAAGCCUGGAACAUGUCACGACACGGCAACUGGGUUCCAAUGUGGCUGUGAUCAUGGAUACGAACACGACAACACUUCCCACUUAUGUCGAGAUAUCGAUGAGUGCACGUUACAUCGUUCACCGUGUCGCGGCUUAGCGCAGUGCGUGAAUUUGCCCGGGGCGUAUGAGUGCAAAUGUCCGGCUGGAUACCGCCUCACCGCCUCGCUGGACGAGUGCGAGGAUGUAGACGAGUGUGCGGACGAGCGACUCUGUGAACACGGCGAGUGUAGAAAUACUAUUGGAUCUUAUCGUUGCGAAUGUAAGCCCGGUUACACACUGCGUGAGAACGCGUGUCGUGACGUCGAUGAGUGCAGUCGUCCACGUCCGCUCUGUCGGAACGGCACUUGUGAGAACCUUCCCGGCUCGUAUGUCUGCCACUGUGACGAAGGAUUUAAACCUGGCGCUAAUAAUGAUUGUAUUGACAUCAACGAAUGCCGCGAAGGUGGUAUGGUGUGUCGUAACGGGCGCUGUCGCAACACGGCCGGUUCAUUCCGCUGUGAGUGCGCGCCCGGUUACACUCUGACAGGUGAUGGACGUAACUGUCGUGAUGUCGAUGAGUGUACGGAAUUGUCUUCGCCAUGUGGGCGAGAUGGAUCUCCCUCUUGUACGAACACUAAUGGCGGCUAUGAAUGCUCAUGUGGUAUCGGUUGGCGGUUGGUAGGGAGACGAUGCGUUGAUCGCGAUGAAUGUAAAGAGUUGCAGUACGUUUGUGCUGGUGGGGAAUGUCAUAACUUCAAUGGAGGAUAUCGCUGUGACUGUCCUCUUGGCUGGCGAUUCGAUAAAACAGCAGCAAUUUGUGUUGAUGAACGUAAAGAGCUGUGCUAUGACGAGUGGGAUGCCGGACGAUGUCACAAGGCACGUCCAUUGCAGUUAGGUCGGCCUGACUGCUGCUGUUCCGAAGGCGCUGCAUGGGGCAGAUACUGUGAACGCUGUCCAGUACCGAACUCGGCCGAAUUCCUUCGCAUUUGUCAAGGUGGAAUGGGUCGCCCAAAUUUGACACAAGAUCUUGACGAGUGUAAAGUUCGUCCCGAUGUAUGCAAAGGUGGUCAUUGUAUAAACACGGAUGGAUCUUUCCGAUGUGAAUGCCCGCCGGGUUACAUUCUCGAUGGCACAGGACUAGUGUGUGUUGAUUCAGACGAAUGCGCAAUUGAUCCUAGGAUAUGUGGAAACGGGACUUGCACAAAUACUCCUGGUGGAUACGAAUGUCGUUGUAAUUAUGGAUUUACGCAAGGCACUGAGCAGACAUGCGUCGACAUAGACGAAUGCGCUGAGGGUCGCGCUUCUUGCUCGUUCCGCUGCCACAACACUGCCGGUUCGUUCCGUUGCACGUGUCCCUUCGGCUAUCGCCUGGCACCCGACGGCGUGCACUGCCGUGACGUAGACGAGUGCGCCGCUGACCACGCUGUCUGCCCGCACGCCUGCGAGAACGUUGUUGGCUCUUACAUAUGCAAAUGCCCCGAAGGAUAUAAAAGGACAUCGUCUCCACACGAUGCUCCGGACGCAUGUGAAGACAUCGACGAGUGUGCCGAGCGGUCGGAUCGUUGCGCGCCCGGUGUGUGCAUCAACACGGAUGGCGGAUACGCGUGCGACUGCGACGCUGGUUAUGAGCCAAGUGAAGAUGGACAGUCUUGUAUCGAUCGUCGGACCGGCAUGUGCCACAGAUCUCUGGUAUCAGGUCGCUGCGUUCCUGAGCCCUGGCCACGGUCUUUCGCUUCCACACCAACCCCACCAACACAAGUUACCAAAGCGCAAUGUUGCUGUACUCUUGGUGUAGCUUGGGGACCAGAAUGUGAACUAUGUCCUGUUCCUGGUAGUCCAGAGCGGUUAGAGCUUUGUUCGCGGACUAAUCUGAUACCAGGCAAUAUGGGCGGUGGUGGAGUUAUUGGCGGGGGAAGUGAAACAAUGAUACCAGAUAUAUACGGUGAUGUCGAUGAAUGUGCGGCUAUGCCAGGUCUAUGUGCUCCAGGACGGUGUGUCAACACUAUAGGGAGCUUCCGUUGCGUUUGUGGUCGUGGUUAUAAAGCUGCUGGUGACAUUUGUGCCGACAUCGACGAGUGUAUAUCACGACCGUGCGAUCAUCUUUGCAAAAAUACUGAAGGUUCAUACGAGUGUCUCUGCAGACCAGGUUAUGAAGUAGAUGAAGAUGGUGCCAAUUGUAGGGAUAUAGACGAAUGUGAACGAGGAACACACACUUGCCAGCAAACUUGUACCAAUACGGAUGGAUCCUUCGAAUGCUCUUGUCAAGACGGUUACGAGAAACGUGGUGAUGCUUGUGUGGAUAUUAACGAAUGUCAUGAAGAAGGGUUAUGCUCAGCUCCUGGUAAAUGUGUGAACCUGUUGGGUUCGUAUCGUUGUGUGUGCCCGCGAGGUUUUCGUCUUGAUAUCACGGGUACGCGGUGUCUCGACCGGGAUGAAUGUGAGGACGGUCGCUGUCAGUCUCCAUGCAGAAACUACGCGGGCGGGUACCGAUGUGAUUGUCCAGCAGGUACGUCUCGUUCGUCGAGCGGCGUGUGCGUGCCGACGGACGCGUGCGCAAGCGCACCAUGUGGCGCUUCGCCGUGCUUCCCUCUCGCCUCCGCUUACCGAUGCGGCUGUCCUGCUGGAUACGGCUGGGAUGCGGGACAUGCGGUCUGCUUGCAGUUGGCGGGUGGUUGUGCAACGGCGAGUUGCUUAUUUGGAUGUACGCCAUUUGGAGACUCCUAUCAGUGUGGCUGUCCUGCUGGUUACCAGCUGGUAGGAGCUGGCCACUGUCUUACUGCACUGGACGGAGCACUGCCUCCUGAUGAUAUAGGAGAUGCUCCUGUAUUCCCAGUACGGGAUCAGUAUAAAAUUGGUGGAAAGAAUGAACUUAUAUCGACGGAAGGAUGUUUCAGCUGCAAGAUGAAUGGACGAAGACGUAGAGCCCCAGAGGAAGGCAUUAUUUUCGCUAAUGGAACUACUCUUGUAAGACGACGCAGAAGACGAAGUAGACGUCGUCGUUCUGUAUUAGAGCCAGAAGCCAGACUGAUCGUUGUAACCGCCACUCCAAAACAAACUUGGGGACGGGCGCCCUUACUCCGACUAGUACCAGCUGAAGAUGACGGCCAUCCUCACUAUCGCAUCGCUUACGGUGAUUCUGAAAGAAACUUUGUCCUCUCAAAACGAGAUGGCACAUGGGCUUUACGACUUAGGAAACACUUGAAAUCGAAGGAGAUUCUUGAGAAGCAAUUAGAAUUAGAGGCUAGGUUCGUAGCACCUCCAGACAUGGGUAGGAAGAGAAAUAAACGAGAGAUCGACGAGAAUAUUCCAGCUCCAUUAAGACUAUACGUAUCGGUUCGUAUCGCGCCACCGAAGCGCUGAUUUAGAAACGUGUAGUGAGACCAACCUAUCAGCGUGUAGAGAAUAAUAAAUUUUAUUUCACUGUUUUAGUGAUGAGAUUGGCAUGCUGUACGAGUGAAAUAGAUGUAAAUAAAAUAUUAGGUGGAUUAAUAAAGCACUGCCAUAUAAAUGCGAGUCAAUUUGUGAAGCACUGCCAUUUUAUUUAUGUAUUAUUAUUUUAACGUAUUUUUUAAUUAUAAAAUUACUUUUUAAUGUAUCAACGAUUUUGGUUUUUAAUAAGGUUUGUCUCACUGCAUAUAAAAAGGUAUACGUGAAGUUUAGUUCACACCAUUAAAUAUGCGAUUACAUAAUGUAAUUUACACUGUUUUAAUGUUAUAACAAUCAAUUUAAUCUUACUAAUCUCGAUUAUUUUAAUGUAUUGAGAAAUAAUUAAUUCAUUGUUUCAAUGGUUGAUAUUUUGUUGUUACUAUAAUUACUAAUAAACUUUUUUUUUCACUUUAAUACUACAGUACAUUAAUUAAACACAUUUUGUUUUCAUAUUUACUAUAAUGAAAUAAAUAAAUAAUAAUCGGUUUCUUAUUAUGUUCGCAUAUUAAUAGGUUUUGGAUCGUCAUUCAAUUAUUCAAGUCCGGGACGAUCUCGUCGGCAGUAUUAGUUAUGUGAGGUGAUUAAAUGCAUAAUACCUAGAUCUAAUAUAUGUAUACUAUCGAUUAUAUCAUUUGUUGUCGAUUCUAUUGGCGGUUUCAUUAAACGAUUGAUUGUUUUUUUAUAUUUAUCGAAAACAUUAGCGACUGUGGCUGUUUUGAUUUUAAACUUUUUUUAAUAUUCCGCCAUUUUAAGUGCCAGUGCCAGUGCCAAGUGUCUAGAAUUAAGUUUGAAAUAGCAAAUAUUUAAGAAAAUUAUUUAUUUCACAAUUUUUUUUCAAUAUUUAAUGGAGAAAUUAUAAAUUGUUUUUUUUUUUAAUGGUACUUUUGUUAUAUUAUGCUUCAUCAACGUAUAUGGUUUAAAAUGCAAUAGAUAAAGUGUUUUAUUUUGUAAAUAUGUGCAUACAAAUGGAUAUGAGUAAUGAAAAAUAUAUUGUUCGUUAUAUAACAAUGUUUUAACUUAGGGUGUAAGUUGAAGUGGUAAAUUUUUAAUUAAAAAGAAAAAUAAAGAAAUUU